GGAGCCGGUGCCGCGAAACUAGCACACAUCCCAUGUCUUCACUCGUCGAUGCGACCUCCUCGUGUCAACAUGUUCGUCCUGCUGCUCUUCUGCGCCGAUCUAGCACACACUGGAAAUGGUUUCCCAGAUGUGUCACUCACAGUGUCUCCUGCAGAGGGGCAUGAAUCCAACACACUUCAGUAUGAUCUGGAACUGAACUGGCAGCCUAGUCUGGAUGCAGACUGGAUUGGCCUUUACAAUGUAUCUUCACUGCAAGAAGUAACACCAGACACAGAGCCUCUCAUUCGCAUCAGUCCUCGUGAUUACCCUGAUGGUUACUACAGUACUAAUAUCAGCUUUGCUGAACAACAGUACCCCAAUGGAUGGAGUAAAGGGUCUGGAGAAAACCCCGUGCCUGGAGAUGCUUGUCUGCCCUAUUGGAUUGCUGCCUACAAAUACAAUGAAUUGCAUCAGGCUGUCUGUCUUAAAAUCCACCCUACUUGGAUGUGGGAUCAUAGAGCUGAGCUGGAGAACAUGCCUCUUAUUGGUUUGUUCUUUCCUGGUACAUACAAUUCAAACCAUUUUAACAGAGGGAGUAUACCCUUGCCAAGGCAAACAGUCAGUCAUUUUCUUCUCACACAAGAUUCUGAUGUCUGGGGGGAAUUAAUUCGUGGUAUUCGGUACCUUGAUGUUGAUAUAGAGUCUUGUCCUAACCAGGGGAAGUCUUCUUCCACCCCUGCAACUAGAGAUGAUGACAGAUGCUCGGCGAAUCAUAGCCUGCCUCAUGCAAAUCAUCUGCUGCCUGUGCUUAAGGAUAUUAAAGAAUUCUUGAAGAGGGCAAAGUAUGAAAUAGUCAUACUUGACAUUCACCACUUCCCCAUGGGAUUUGAAAAAAACACAGACCUACACCGUGAAUUUGUUUCAUUGCUGUAUUCUGAGCUUGGUGAUUACAUACUGUCAUUCGACAACAUUACCUACAAUUCUACAUUGGCUGACGUGUGGCACACUGGACGUACUCUUAUUGUGGCAUACAAUGAUUCUGUAACAACGACAGAAUUUGCUUGGCUGUGGGGCCCAAUACCACGGCUUUAUGGAGAUCACCAAACAACAGAAGGGCUCAAGACAUUCCUUUGGCAGUGCAUGGACGAUGCACGUGCCACCAGUGGGACAACUUUGGAAAUGUCUACAACUAGUAAUCUACCAACACCAGCAGUUUCCACAUCAGACAACUCAGAUAGUCUUCAUGAUCUAAUUGACAUGGCCAGUCGUAAUAUCACUAAAUGGUUUCAUAAUUAUUGGUGGAGAUAUUCAAACCUUGUUGCCACUGACUUUUUCCUUGGAAAUAACAUAACUGAUGUUAAUGUUAGAGCUUGCCUGGAUAAAGCAAAUAAUGUAAUAUUUCAAAUAGCAUCAGAAGACUAGUGAUGGUUAUCAUGAUGACAGUUUACUGCAUGACAUACAAAGUGUAAAUUCAAAACUGCACACACUUGCAACCAAUAAUAAUACUACUAAUAAUAAUAUUAAUAAUAAUAAAAACUAUGUAAAACAAUAGAAAGAAGAGAGAUGCAUUGUAAACUUAAGUUGUAAACAGGAUUCAAGUGCUUUCUAGUCAUAUUUGGUUUGAUUCUCUUGAGUACAUCACCAUCAGUAAACCAAGUCUCUCCAAGUCCAUCCUUAUACAGAUGGUUGUGGGGCCUUGGCUGUUCAAUACAGAAUAUCGAAUCAAAACACUUUCCAGCUAUCUAAAUUUUCAGUUGUUAUUUUAUUUGAGCAACCAGUUUUGGUGCUACACUACUACACCUUCAGACCACCUGACCGACAGUAAGAAGAUUCCCAUAGGGGAUAUCAUUCACUGUAGAUUUCUACUUGACACAGUGAUCCUUUCAAUCAUCACUUGCCAAAUGUUACCUGACAGUCAGCAAACGAUGAUCAAGGGAUCACAGUGUCAAGUAGAAAUCUAUGGACACCAGUCACUCAAUGCUGGCCUCUAUUUUGACUACUGCAGAGGUGAGAAUCUUCCUACAUGUUGGUCAGGUGCCUGAAGAUGGCAUAAUGUAGUGCUAAAAUUGAUUGCUCAUGUAAAAUAACAAUUGACAAUUUAGACGGCUGAAAGAUGUUUUGAUUCAACAUUCUAUACCAGUAAACUAAAGUCAAAUGAACUUAUUUGACAUAUUUACUGAACAUGGCAGCAAAGAAAGGUAUUUAAAUUUGUUUGCAUUGACUGUAGUAUUUGAUAUAAUGUAGAAGCAAUAACUACUUAGCAGGCAUUGGCAAUGCAUUGCAAAGCAUAAUCCAAGGCUCAAAAGAAAUAUGUAAUGAGAAGGAUGCUCCAUGAUUGCUGCCAAAUAAAGCCUACAAUUUUAAUACACAAAACUCUCAUUAGCUUACCUUGACACACAUGUGAAGCUUACAGCCAUAAAACUCCAUCAAAGUUAUAUUUGCUUACAAAUACGCAAAGAUAUGUAAUAUACAGAUUUAUGAUUACACACAUGCAUUGCUGUUAUUUGGUUUUGAUACCCUUCAUGGGGCUUUCCUCAUAUGCUGUAAUAAAGACAGUGAAGCAUUGCUUGGUAUGCUGUGCUUGUUCAUUGUGCUUAGACUUUUGGAUGGUUUCACACUCUUGUUCAGAAAGUUGCCAAGAUGUUCAAAAUUUUUCAGUGAAGUCCACAGAAGCAGUACUACACCUAGCAAUCCUAUGCUUCUACAACUAGAUACAUGUACAUGACAAAUAACACCAUUUUAGAAGAGUAAGUAAAGUGGCUUUGUGUAUACAUUUGUCUCCUAUAUGCAAGCAAUGCUUUGUCAAAUUUUGAAAUGUAUAACUAUUACCAUUCAAAGAAGUGGUAAUUACAUUUUGUUUUUUAGCAUAAUUAAUUUUUUUUAAUUAUAGUAAUCAGUGAUUCCCAGUUCAUCCAUCAGAAAACUUCUGUCCUUUUUAAAAUAUAUAACAACUAUGUAUCAUUGUGUGUUUUUCAAUUUAUGUUCCAAAACUAUUUUUUUUAUUAAAGAAAGCAUCCUAUAAUGAAUGACAGUACAUAUGAAGAUAGUCUUUAAAGCUCAAAAUGAUGAGUUACAAAAUUUUGAAGAUCACUAAUAAUAAAAUCCCGGGUAUAUUUGUGCACUGGACAUUCACUAAAAUAUCCUCAAACUCAAAGUUAUUUUUUAGUUUCUGGGUAGCUAUGAAGUCUAAACCAUGCAUUUCACAAUGAUUUCCUGUGAACAUAAAUCUUAAAAGAGCUGGGUGGAGCAUAAUGGAUGUAUUUAUCUCAUACCACUGGUGAGCACCUGUCACUCAACUGAAGAACUGUCAUCACUUUCAGACUCUAAUGCAGUAACAUCUUAUUCUUCUUCACUUUCCGAGCCACUAAACUCAAUAUGAAACUCAAGCUCACCAUAGCCAUCCUCUUUUUAAAAACCAUCAAUGCAGGAAAGAGGCAGAAAGUGUGUGUUUUGUCACUGAGUAUCCAAAACUGUACACAGUGAAGAUGAUAGCUAGUGGCAGCCAUCUUGACCAAAAGAUCACAGCUAGGCUACAAAUGUAGAACCAGAUGCUCUCUAGUGGCUGAACGCUUAACUAACAGUGCUGAAAUGGAUACAAGCAUUUUUUUUUUUUUUUUUUGCCUCAGGAUUGUAAGUUUCUGUCGAAAUAAUAAAAAGAAGAUAACUCAGGGUUUUAUGUCAAGGAGUUAAUGUAACUUCAGUUUUACAUAGUUGUCAGAGUAUUGUGAAAUACUCUCUUUUUCACACUUGACAACAAAGGCUUCUUUGACAGGAAGGUUAAACUGGCUAAAUUAGUUCUGUUAACAGACUUCAGGUGUCAGUACAUAUUAGACUUCCAUAUAUGAAUAUUUCUGUAUGAGAGUAUCAGAAUUACGUGUCAUGCAAUUAAAGGAACUUGCAUAUUAUUUCACAAUAACUGUUAAUAAUAGCUGAAAAUGAACUAAAGUUUGAGCAUAAUGUCAGCUAAAUGGAGAAAAACUGCUAAGAUGGACAAAGGCCAGUUAUUUACAUGGCUAUGCCCUUGUUGAAAAAAUACCACUAUCAGGAUGGGUGGACUGGAGUUAGGAUCCCCCUCUUCCUGAAUGUGAGUUCGGUGUAAACCACAGUGACACCACACAUGGUACUAAAGAGGUCUAUAGUCUGCAUUUAACAACCCAAGUAAUAAUUAGGUCUGUGUCACAUCCUACAACAAAUUCUCUGAAACCACAUCUGUUAACAUGUUUUAAAUCUGAAGUCGUGGGCCAACUGUUACCAGAAAGAACACUAAAUUUCCUUUCAAAUGAGCUUUGCAGGUGUUUAUGUUUUCAGCCAUUUGUAGAACAUACCCCCUGAUCUUGAAAAGGAAUGAUUUGACAGUGUCACAAGCAACUGCAACUAAUUUCACUAGCAAACUUGUAAAGUAUUCAUAUUCCAUUAAAACCAUUUCAUGAUACUUUAAUAAUCAUUCUGAACAACAAUAGCAGACUCAGCACACCAUAAACUGAUGCUAACAUACAAAUAUGUCACAAAAAGCUAUUUUAUGACAGCACAGUGAUGAAAGCUUCCUGCAACAAUAAUUUCCAACUAAGAAUUCAGUUUUUAUGAAGAUACUGAGUGGCUGUCAGCUAACUUAUACAUUGUUGAUCAGACACAUGACAAAAAUCAUGGAUUAUGAACAGGGGAAACUGAUAGACAUCAACAAAUACAAGAAAAAAGUUCAACACUAUCUCAAUCAAAAGAAAUCAUUAAUAGCAAUCAGGCAGAUAAUACAAGAAAAAUAUGUUAGAUUAAGUAUCACAAAAGUAAGAUGAGUGUACUGAACACAAUCUUCAAAUGUUCCGAAGAAAUCAAAUAUGUAGUUACAGUGAAACACAUUUAGGAUACAUUGAUGUGCAAGGUAUUUACCCUGCAUGUUUCCAACACAACAAUGAGAUAGACAGGAAAGUGAUAAAAAAAAUUACAGACCCACUACUAAAACUGGCAAAUGGCUUAUGCCACUUAUGUAAUGCAGUAUUCACAUACCAAUGUAGGGAGCACACUGGACCUUGUGCAGCAUUAUUUACAGUGGAAUGACUGGAAAAUUCAUGACCAUGAGGCUCAUGGAUGGUAAACAAUACAAGUUGGUACAAAAGGAAAAAAUGGCUCUGAGCACUAUGGGACUUAACUUCCGAGGUCAUCAGUCCCCUAGAACUUAGAACUACUUAUACCUAACUAACCUAAGGACAUCACACACAUCCAUGCCUGAGGCAGGAUUCGAACAAAAGGAAAAUUGUUAUACUACAAGUUGAACAAAAAAUGACCUACUUGAGCAAAUAAUAUCACAUGAGUAUUCACUUUAGUAAACAUAUCUAAAAAUCAUGCUCACCUCAUCGUUUACUUUGUAAUGACAUGGUUUUACACAUUUCAGACCCUGAAUUGUGGAAGUCACUGUUCUAACAUUUCUGUAAACAAGUGUUGUAAAACAAUUUUUUUUAUCUGGUGAUGCACAGCUACAAAUAGCCUAAGAAUAAUCCUAUGCAUUUGAGUGUAUUGAACAUGUUUUGUUACAAGGUUUUGUUCUCCAUCCAUUAUGACCAUUUCACUCAGCAUCUCUUGGAAGUACAGUAGAACAUUUGUUUUUCUUUGUAAAUAUUUACUGUGUAUUCUUGGUUUUUCUGACAUGUUCUACAUCCUGAAGGAUCUUCUUGCUAUAGUGAUAUAUUGGAAUGAAAAGUACAUCUAAUAUAAUGUAACCAUUGUAAAAUAUUGCUCCAUAAUAAAUCCUUUACCAUCA